ACUCUGACGAUUUUGGAUGGUGCCGGUGGCCCGUGCCGCGCGUCCGGCGUGUUCUCGCUGGUCAAGGCGUUGUCCUCGAUCGGCGAGCUCGACGCGGUUGUGUGGGUGAUCGAGGAGACGGCGAGGAGGGCGAGCUACUACAAUGUCCUCUUGGCCGCCAAGUGCAAGGCUGGUGACUUCCGGGGCGCCCGUGAGGUGUUCGACGAAAUGAGGAAGGGGAGCUGCGGCCCAAAUGCCAACUCCUGGAACUACCUCCUGGGGUGCCUGCUGAAGAAUGGCAGGGCCACCGAAGCGUGCGACCUUGUUGAGACCAUGGAGAGGUCGGACCACGACGACAUCCCGAACUCACUGACGUACGAGAUCCUCACAUACCACGCCUGUAAGGCGGGGAAGAUGGAUUCGGCAAGGCAGAUUCUCGAUCAGUUGUUCUCAGAAAAUCUGACGCCGAGGAUUACAAUCCACACAGCCUUCAUCAAAGGGUACUUCUAUACUGGGAGAAUCGAAGAUGCUUGCGAUUAUGUGAGGGCUAUGAGCACCAGGGAUUCACACUCCACGAACAGGAACUACAGCCUGCUCGCCAAGCUGUUGCACAGGUCGGGGAGGAUCGUCGAGGCAGGAAGUGUCCUGUAUGAGUUGAUGGAGAAGGGCCUCAGGCCUGACCAUUCUGCUUAUGUUACAGUGUCCAAAGGUUUGCACAAGAUGGGAAGGGGAGAUCUGUCUGCUGAAUUGAAGUCCUUGUUUCAGAAAUUCAUUGUACAGUCAGGUUUGGAAUACUGAUUUAUUUUUGAGCUCUUGUUGAGUCAUCUACUUGAGUGAAACUUGCUUGUCCACAUAAGAUAUUUAGGUGCCAUUUAUGCCCUUCACUCCUGACUCCGCCAUGUAAUGAGUAGAUAACUUUGCUGUAAAUUAAAACUUAAAAGGACAUGUUUCCUACUUUGUAUAGAUAUGAAAAGG